AUGGUAAUAACAAUGGAGUCGGCCACGACCGAGCUACCGUACCUGGUGUCCAAUCAGACGUCCCAAAGCUGCGUGGUUGAAACUGCGAUGGAGAACGUCCUAUUUGGGAGCUUCUACAUCCUGGUGUUUUUCCUGGCGCUAAACGGCAACAGCCUGGCACUCUGGAUAUUCUCCCACCAGCGCGGCACGUCCUCCCCAGCCAACGUCUUCCUGAUACAUCUAGCUGUGGCUGACCUGUCUUAUGUGUUUAUCCUCCCCCUGAGGGCUACCUACCACCUCACUGGGGGCCACUGGCCCUUCGGAGAAGUGCCUUGCCGAUUGGCGGGCUUCCUGUUUUACGUCAACAUGUAUGCUAGCUUGUACUUCCUGGCAUGCGUCGCAGUGGACCGCUAUCUAGCGGUAGUCCACGCCGUCCGUUCAAUGAAGGUGCGCCGCGCCCGCUAUGCCAACAUCAUUAGUUUCAGUUUGUGGGCGUUGGUUACCGUCUCAAUGGCGCCUCUGCUGGUGACCCACCAGACCUUGGAGGUGGACGGUACGACUGUAUGCUUGCAGCUUUACCGGGAGAAAGCUUCUCGCAAGGCGCUGAUUUCCCUCGCCGUUGCUUUUACGCCACCUUUCCUGGCUACCUUAUCCUGCUACCUACUCAUCAUCCGUAGCCUGCACCGAGGGUCCCGUCUGGAGCCCACCCUAAAGCUAAGGGCACUGCGUACCAUCGGUCUAGUCAUGCUAAUAUACGUGGUAUGCUUCCUCCCCUACCAUGCUAGCCGCGCAACCUUCAUCCUGGGAUACGCCCACCCGGAAGUGUCUUGCCAGACGCGCCGAGGCCUGAGCCUGGCCAACCGGCUCACGUCGCUCUUGACCUGCCUCAACGGCGCCAUGGAUCCGCUCAUCUACCUGUUUGGCGCGGAGAAGUUUCGUGGUACCUUGGUACGACUUCUGUGCAAAGACAAGGCGAUGGCAGCGUCAGGGGCUACCAGUGGGGAAUUAAAAGGCACUCACGAGAGUUCUGUGAGUGCCAAGUCAGAAUUUUAA